CUGGAAAGCAAGCUACAGUGCCAUACAGCGGAUAAGCUGUAUCAGUACAAGUAUGAUAUAUCUGAUACAGGUCUCAUAUUUCCAACGGCGCAUCUUCCAGAGGCUUCCAGGCUCUCCGACUGGCCCUGGUGACGUGCCAAGACUAUUGCCCGCAAACCCCACAGAAGUUAGCCAUGACCUACCGUUAGUCUAUCGGAACAAUAUUUCCUUGCAUGAUAGCGCUGCUGGGUGCUCAUUACGAACGAGCCGCAACACCCCCCCUCCCCUUCCUUUGACCUCUUUCCCCUCAACCACAGUCACCUACAAGCUGCCACCUCUCUCCUCAUAACUAGCAUCGAGAAUGUCUUCCGCGGCCGUAGUCGUUAUCUACGGCGGCCGGAGGGCAACUGUCAAAGCUCCUCCGACCAGGACUCUGAGUGAAAUCCACACAGAAGCUUGUACAAAGUUGGGAGUUGAUCCCCAGAACUUCGCUCUCAAGUAGGACCCUGUUACUCGCACAUGCUCACAGACCCACACAUGCGCAUAUAUAGAUAUCUAGGGUAUGGGGGGGGGCAAUUCAACUAACUGAAUCUAUUCUGACCGUUACAGGAAAGGGAAUGCAACUCUAGACCUCUCGCUCCAAAUCCGCCUGACAAACCUCAGCCCCGGGGCAAAACUCGACCUAGUCCCAGCCAGGAACCGUGACGCCCCGAUAACAAUAGUCCUUAGGUCGCAAGAGGCCGACGACAAGCCAAUCCAGGAAUUCACAGACACGUUCACCGCCGCUAGCACAAUAUGGGGGAUCAUGCGGAAGCUGGAAGCUAAAGGUUCCCUCACAAAUAACAGCCCUACCAUCAAUAUCACUGAGCGUGCAGCCCCCUCCGGAACUUCCGGGAGUGGGCGCUUGCACUAUGUCAUGCCCGUGGUGCGGGUCAUGAACAGGGAGGUCUCCGGUUUUCGUGAACUACAGCAGACCUUGAGUGAUUUCGGGAUCAGGAGUGGGAGACAGUUGGUUACGCUUAGGUACAAAGAGACAGAUAUCCCUUUUGAGGUUGCAUUGGAUGAGAUUGCUGGGUUUUCGGCUCCAAAGGAGAAGGCUGCUGAGGCAGGAAUGCCGGAUGGUGGGGAAUCUUCGAAGGGUGCCGAAGAGGAGAAAAUGAAGGUGGAGGGAGAUUUAAUGAUGUUUGAUGCUCCGGAGGAUAUGGCUAAGCAGGAGGAUACGGGCGAAAAUAACGCAAUGGAGGUUGAUAAACCUACGGAGGGAUCGGUCAAUGUGCUUGAGACCAAGGGUGGCCCUUCUGAGUCACUGGGUUCUAGUGAACAGGUGGUCUCAGUUUUUAAGCCUUCACUGUCCGAUAAACUUGCAGCAGCUCAGAGUAAGGAUUAUUGGAGCCCAUUUUUGUAACCGAAAGAUAUGAUGCUGAUGCCCUGCAGUCGAUGUUCCGGACAAAGCAUACGAGGUUGGAAUCACUGAAGCCAAACUUAUCCAAGCAAACAUCAAGAAGGAGACUAUUGGAAAACGCUUGCCUUCUGAUAGAGAGAUCGAAGAGAGGAAAGCUGCCAUGCUCGCAGAGGCGGAGAAAGUCGAGAGGGUAUGUGCAAUACCUAGGUGAGAGGCUGGAGUCGCUCAUAUGUGCUAUCUAUAGGUCGUUAUCAAAGUCCGUUUCCCGGACGGAUAUACUUCCGAACAGAACUUUCUUAAGACUCAUACUGGUACGUGUAAACUCUGGUUAUUCAAUGUUCAUCUGGUAGACUAAUCAUCUUUCCAAUCUAUAGCUCAGGAUCUCUACGAUGCUGUCAGAGGCACCCUCCGCCACCCCAACGAGCCUUUCCAGCUUAGUAAGCCAAAACAGUGACACCUCUACCCGAUCAAUUUCUAACAUGCAUUCCAGGAAUCCCUCCCAAAGAAACUCUCCCUCAAGCACCAAAACGACUUACCACUGACCUCAAAUUGCGAACCGGUGCCACCGUGCAUCUAGUCUGGGGGCCCGACGUCUCAGCAAAAGCCAAGCACGAACCAACUCUUAAAGAUGAGUUUAUCAAAAAUUCAAAGGCUUUUCCAACACCCAGGGAGCCUGAAGGACCAGAAGGCGGGCCGGAUUCCGAUGACAACUCUGGAGGAGGCUCUAGUAAGGGGAAAGGAAAGAGCUCCGGAGGAGGUGAUCGUGCUUCAAAGGAGAAUAAACUCAGGGGCAUGCUGAGGUUCGGGAAGAAGAAGUGAUCUGCUUGCAUCAUUUUCAGACUUUCUUUCUGAAGCGUAUAAUGUGCUCUUUCGCUUAUUAGUUUUGUAUCCGGCACAGUGGUACCUGCUCCAUUCAGUUAUUCUCGUUUCCCUGGUGGAGGCUCAAAGCGAAAAAGAAAAGAAAAAACUGGUGAAGGGUGUGGGUGUUUUCUCUUUUUCUCUUCUCUCAAGUGUUGUCCUCUCCCUAGCGUGUACGGCUUCGCAUUUCUUUCUUUUCUCACCAUACGGGAAAUGUGUUUACCGGGGUGCUUAUUCAGUUUAGAGAAUUGGAACAUAGCAGUAGUAAGGUCAUUACUCGCGCCGUAUUGGUAUUGCAAACCUAUCGCAGCCCUAUAAUUCCAACCUACCCCAUCCCCCGUAUCCACCAUCACGUGGCAUCUUGAGAAAUAUACAACACUAUCCACCCCCUCCCCCCACAUCAGCCAUCCCUCCCAUCUCCCCAUAAUCGGGGGACCAAAACUCACCAUUAUUCCCCCGGAUAAACACAUCCCCAUACCUAUUCCUCACCUGCCCCCCAACGUACUCCACCGUCUUCUCCAGCGCAAUAUUCAUGUACCCGUCCACCGACGACAAUUCACCUAUCAAGCCGCCGGCAACGGGAAACAUUAGCUCGACAACAUACCCCCGGGACGUAGAAGGAUUGGCACCUUUGUACUCGACGCCCGAGUUGAGCUUCACAGUUAUGGGGGCGCCGAUUAUCUCGCCG